UGGUAUUUAUUCUACCAGGACAUAACUUCAUAUCUUCACCGAAACGCGACAUGAGUCAAGGUAGAUAACUCUGAACAUAUCCGGUGUGUAGCUGUGAUAUAAUACAUGUUAGUUUGUCUAUAUAUCUUACACGUUGUCACCAUUAGUACUGUUAACGACAGUUUAUUAGAAUAUAUAUAACAGUACAUCGUAUCUUUGGAAAACAAACAUGCCUAAAAAGAAGACAGGUGCACGGAAAAAGGCCGAGAAGCAGCGGGUGAGACAAAAAGAAAUUCGUUCGGCACAUAUGGAUCGCCCUAUUGCCGAGCGAUCGUGUAACUUUCUUAUGGAAUGUGACCAGUGUAAGACAGCUCAGAAAAACAGAGCAUUUUGUUAUUUGUGUGGAGCUGUACAACGUGUUCCUAUAUGUGCCCAAUGCGGUAAGUCAAAAUGUCUGAUGAAAUCUGGCGAUUGUGUGAUAAAACAUCCCGGAACACAUACAACUGGGAUGGCUAUGGUUGGUGCUAUAUGUGAUUUCUGUGAAGCUUGGAUCUGUCACAGCCGUAAGUGCCUUCAAACUCAUGCAUGCGAAUGUCCUUUACAAGACGCAGUAUGUAUCGAAUGUAAACGAGGAGUUUGGGACCACGGUGGUAGAAUUUUUAAAUGUUCCUUCUGUUUAAAUCAUCUAUGUGAAGAUGACCAAUUUGAACAUCAAGCAAGUUGUCAGACACUUGAAGCUGAAACCUAUAAGUGUGUCUCCUGUAAUCGUAAUGGUCAAUAUUCAUGUUUGCGUUGUAAAAUAUGCUUUUGUGAUGACCAUGUGAAGCGAAAAGGCUUCAAAUAUGUUCGUGGCCAGUCCAUACCAUGCCCCAAGUGUAAUCAUGAAACGAUAGAGACAAGAGACCUCAGUAUGUCGAUUAGAAAAUAUAAAUUCGGACGUCAAAAUGAUGAUACCGAUUAUAACGGUGGAGAGAGCUAUGAACAAGGGACUGGUGCCUACGGUUACAAUUACAACAUCGAAGACUAUGAAGACGACGAAGAAGAAUCUGAAGACGAUUCGGAAGAAGCAGAAGAUGAACAGAGUGAUGAAAAAAACCAUAGAGAAGACGAGGUUUCGGAGGAGGCUUCCAAAAUAUUAGGGGAAAAACUUAAAAUUAAUGAUAAAUAAUAACUGAACAUUCUAUUUUUUAAUAUCUGCUGAUAUAUAUAUAUAUAUAUAUA